AUGGAGGUGAUGGGUAUUUUGAAUCUUUGGUUGGAACCUUCAUUUUGCGUUAAAUUCACAUGGUAUUCAGUUAUCUCCAUUAUUGCCAGUAGCAAUGCACAAGCACUUUCUAUUAAAUGCACAUGCUAUUUUCUUUUGUAUCAUGUCAUUUUGUGGUCAUUAACAAUCAGAUGGAUGAAACUGAUCUUGUUUUGUGCAUCAUGGAUUUUCUCAACUGAAUGA